CAAUAGUAGUGUCAAAGUUCACUAUAUACAGACAUUCGCGCAGAUCUCUGCUUCGGAAACAUUGCUCCGCUGGUCUUCCCGUUGAAACGCAUUCAUUUUUGGGUCUCUGCUUCUUGCAUAUUCUAUUAGUUGUUGUUUUUUCCUUUUAUCCGCGCUCCGGUCCUGCCGGGGAGGUGAAACUACACAUCCACUCUGGCGGUGUUGUUUUUUGCGGGUCCAGAUGAGCUUUAUUCAUGAUCAUAGAUAGAGAAUCCCGCUCUUCAGUUUUUCCUCCUCUUCAGCCGCGAAGACGGAGAAAGGAGCAGAGGAAGAAAAAAGCACGGAAUUAAUUUCACACAGCACUUUGGAUCGUGUCUCCGUCCGGGAGCAUUUAUUUUUAUUUCGUUGACAUUGUGAAGAUUUCCUGCCUUCCUGAAAGCUAUUUCCAACGAACUGAUUUUACUGCGUCUGGGCGGCUUUAUUUCUACAAGAUUGGUUUCCCGAAUGGCUGGCUGCAAUUUACCCUGGAACUGGCCUCCCGACACUUGCAUAUCCUGAUCGGGUGCCUGUCUAUUGCUUCUUGUUUUUGAAUAUAUUGAUCGCUCGCUGCUUCUACUUUUCUCUGUGAGAUUGGUUCCUCCGAAUUGACUUUACAGUGUCGUGCGUUUACCCUUUCCCUUUUACUAGCUCUAAUAUCCGAGCGACCAGUUCGCUUGAAAGCACUUUUCGGGCCCGAGAUAUGGCAAUGGUAGUUAGCGUCUGGCGAGAUCCGCAGGAAGACGUGGCCGGAGGACCUCCGAGCGGCCCCAAUCCAGCAGCUCAGCCGGCAAGAGAGCAACAGCAGGCGGCGUCAGCAGCACCGCACACUCCGCAGACCCCCAGUCAGCCAGGACCCCCUUCUACACCGGGGACUGCUGGCGAGAAAGGGCAGACCCAGAGUUCUGGACAACAGCAUAUAGAAUGUGUUGUUUGCGGGGACAAAUCGAGUGGCAAGCACUAUGGUCAAUUCACCUGCGAGGGAUGCAAAAGUUUCUUCAAGAGGAGUGUCCGAAGGAACUUAACAUAUACAUGUCGUGCCAACAGAAACUGUCCCAUUGACCAGCACCAUCGAAAUCAGUGCCAAUACUGUCGGCUCAAGAAAUGCUUGAAAGUGGGAAUGCGCCGGGAAGCGGUUCAGCGAGGACGAAUGCCUCCAACCCAACCGAACCCAGGCCAGUACGCGCUAACCAACGGGGAUCCUCUGAACGGCCAUUGCUAUCUCUCCGGAUACAUCUCAUUACUGCUUCGGGCCGAGCCUUACCCCACGUCCCGAUAUGGCAGCCAGUGCAUGCAGCCCAAUAAUAUCAUGGGAAUCGAGAAUAUCUGCGAGCUAGCGGCUCGCCUGCUCUUCAGUGCCGUGGAAUGGGCAAGGAACAUCCCUUUCUUUCCAGACCUGCAAAUCACCGACCAGGUGUCCCUACUCAGACUGACAUGGAGCGAGUUGUUUGUGCUUAACGCGGCGCAGUGCUCCAUGCCCCUGCACGUGGCUCCGCUGUUAGCCGCCGCUGGCCUCCAUGCCUCACCGAUGUCUGCGGACCGGGUCGUGGCUUUCAUGGAUCACAUUCGAAUCUUCCAGGAGCAGGUCGAGAAGCUAAAGGCUCUGCACGUCGACUCAGCAGAGUACAGCUGUAUCAAGGCAAUAGUACUCUUCACAUCAGACGCCUGUGGCCUGUCAGACGCGGCUCACAUUGAAAGCCUGCAAGAGAAAUCUCAGUGCGCCUUGGAGGAAUACGUGAGAAGUCAGUACCCGAACCAGCCCAGCCGCUUUGGGAAGCUCUUGCUUCGGUUGCCCUCUCUUCGCACCGUCUCCUCUUCGGUAAUUGAACAGCUGUUUUUCGUCCGCUUGGUAGGUAAAACUCCCAUUGAAACCCUCAUCAGGGAUAUGUUGUUGUCCGGGAGCAGCUUCAACUGGCCUUACAUGUCCAUUCAAUGAUCCGAAUGAGAGCGAGAGAAAAGAGACCUAAGGACCAAAACCCAUCAAGUCGUGCAAGAAGACUAUAUAUAGGACCUCGUUUCUGAUCACCUUAGAAGACACCACAUUUUUAAGUCUUCGGGGACCGAGAUGGAAUACGUAAUGUACAGAGAAUAAAGAACUGGACUUACGCCCAUGUAAAUCCCCAUCCAUCUUCAAGAACACUCUUCAUUUUGUAAAAUACUAGUCUUUAUUUUCCUUUUUUGUAAAAAAUACACCCAAAUAAAUUGAAGAACAUCAUAUGCGCAGUAAAAAUGAAUCAAGACUUAGCGGGAAAGUAAUGUUUCCAAGCAAUUAUAAGAUAUGUCCUGUGUCUAUGUAUCUCUGUUUUGUAUUUUUUUCUGGUUCUAAACCAGGUUUUCUGUGAUUCUAUACUAAUGAUUUUUGAUAUAACCUUUUGCUUCUUAUAAUGAGUGCGAUAUAUGUUGUUGAAGCUAUGUUCUCCAAGAAUUAAAAUUGAAGUGAGAAUUUAAAACAUAAAAUAAAGAAAAUUUUAGACAAAUAAGAAACCGUCUAAUCGCAAUGACAAUAUUAUCACUGAUGGUUGAACAUCCCCCUCCAACCAUGCAAUGGACAUGCAACUCGACGGAUAACUGACCUCACGGACUUUAAUGGAGAGGACACCCAUCAAACUUUUUUUCUUGGUCAUGUGUGUGUGUGCGUGCGCGCUUGUGUGUUGAGUCAAUCAUCAUUCAAAGAAGAACUACAUGAAAAUCAAAAAGCACUUUUAAUAUAUCAUUUUCAAAAAUACAUUUUGUUUGUUUCGUCUUGAUGUGUUUGUUGUUUCUUGAGUUUUAUUUUGUGUCGCCUUUCAUUUGUUUGGUUCAUGACUGCUGACUGGUGCUAAAGGGGUUUGUGGGUUGGCCAUGGGUUUAGUUGAUAGAUGUGUUGGCGACUGUGUAAGUAAAAAAAAAAAAAAAGAAAAAGAUAGAGUCAAUGUGUUGUGUUUACCUUAUGCUUUCACGCUGCAGUAUACAGGUGGUCUUUCAGUUCAUAUGUUCAUAUCAUAAUCCGCUGGUAACCUAUGGGGCUGCUGGAUUUUCAUUAUGCUGAAUUGCCUCAUCGUCAGCAAAUGCACGUAGGCUCAUUUGAUUAAAACAAAGGCUUUAAAGCAUUUUGCAAUGCAUUGAUAGGAAACAAUUACGCCGAUGUCGGCUUUAAUGAGAGCGAUGUGAGAUGACUGUACUUCCUCGGGUGGUCCUUCAGAUGUGAAAACACCACAUAUGUUACAAAUGGAGAUAUUUGAUUUCCCGUUUAGACGCCUCUGCCCUUUACGUCCGUGCUUACCUGCUUAUUGCAGUGUAUUGUGUAUCAUGAGAGGAUACUAGGCUAUAGGUAGAUUGCCACGGCGGUUUACCACUGCUGGUUGCAAGGUAUCGUGGGCGAAACUACAUUCAUGUCGUUUAUUAUUAUCCCAGGCAUCAGUGUAAGUCUAUACACUACAGACAGGUUUUGCCUUUCAACAGAGACACCGAGUGAUGCUUUGAUGAGGUGGUGGAAAUAGGUCCAGAAAUAAAAGAAGAAACCCUUGAGAAAUCGGGCAUUGAUAACAUUUCACAUGUAACGCUGUAAAGAGGGGUGUCGCAGCAGCUGCAAGGCAGCAGUUAUAUGCGUGAUCAAUCUGGGAAAUGUAUACUGCUACAUGUAAGCUGGUCGAUAGUAGCACUAAAUGUGAUGCAUUGUAUGCUGAAUAGGGAACAGCGCGGGGAUAGCCGUAAACGAGAGGGAGGAAGAAGCUUGGAUACCGUUCGCUUCCUUUGGGCUCGCCGCUUAUGCGAAUGUCUUCCCCCUUUUUACACGCUGAAUGUUGUAACAGCAUUGACAAAUAAGCUGUCGUGUUGGGAAGGAAAAUGACUCGCCCUUUCCUGCCUGAUGUGUGUGUGUGUGUGUGUGUGUGUGUGUGUGUGUG